AUGGUAAAGAACCAGCUUUACAUUUCAGGAAUUACUUCAGCACCAAAUCCAUCAUCAUCUAUUACAAAUCACCAUAUUACUACUCCUGUUAACCCAACUGUGAUCAGCCACCAUUACACAUCUGCUCCAUUAACUUCUCAACAACACCUGAAUUCACAUAGUCAACAGUUAAACCAAGAUUUUAUCAACAGACUAGGUCAGUUAGAGAAAUUACAAUAUCAACUUACUAAACAGGAAUUACAAUAUGCACAAAAAUUUUCUCCACCAAAGGUUAAAGAUGUGGGACAGUCAGAUCUCCGGCCAGUCUUAAAAGAUUCCUCAUCAACAUUAGCAGCUUCUAAGAGUCGUGAAAUGAUGAGUACUGGAAAUAGUCUGGAUAAUAAAGUAUUAGGUAGUCAUGAUGAUCCAGUAUUAAUGAGUAUGUCGUCUGUUGGUGGUGAAUCUAUACAGGAAGUAUGGAAGAUGUUAGACGGUCAGGAUAGUCCUAGUUUAAUUACACCCAGAGCUCUACCACACUCAAAUAAAAGUGGAAGAGUAGAUAAACAAGAUAAUAAAAUACAAAUAGAAGGACAGAAAACAUCAUUACAAACAAAAGACAAUAAGAGACCUCAAUCAGCAACAACCAGUAAAAAUAUCAAAUUAAAACUAAAUAAAAAACCUCAAGCAAGAAAUUAUAAUGUAAAAGAUGAUAGAAAUAGAUAA